AUGUCAACUACAUCGACGGCAGCGUCAGCCACAGUCAGCUGCGGCAAGGGGCUCUUCAAUGCUGGCUGCGGUGCCGCUUUGAACACUGUCGGUCAAGAUUGGGGCACCCUCUUGUCUUCGAUUUUCGUUGCUCUCAUAUCUUUGGGAGCCCAGCUGCUUGCUUUUGUUCUCUUACGCUUCCGCCUUAGCAGAAUCUAUCGUCCCAAAUCCUACCUUGUUGCCGAACGCGAACGAGUUCCAGCGCCCCCGCAUGGUGUGUGGCAAUGGACUGUUCCCCUCUUCCGUACACCAAAUCAGAUCUUUAUCGAGAAAUGUGGUCUUGACGCUUAUUUCUUUCUGCGCUUCCUGCGCAUGCUGCUAAAGAUAUUCAUCCCGCUUUCUGUGGUUAUUCUCCCUAUACUCUUACCCAUCAACAAACUCAGUUGCUCGGAUUGUACAGUAGGCCCUGAUCAACUGGGCUGGAGAAACAUUCCCGCUUCUCACUCUCAACGCACAUGGGCCCAUCUUGUAUUAGCCGUUCUCACUAUCUGCUGGGUUCUAUAUGUUAUCGUCACCGAACUUCGUGGCUACAUUCGCAUUCGACAGGCCUAUCUCGCAUCUCCGGAACACCGUAUUCGCGCUUCAGCUACCACCGUACUUGUCAGCGGCAUUCCUAGAAAGUGGUUGACUGUCGAUGCACUAAACGGCCUUUACGAUGUCUUCCCUGGAGGUAUUCGCAACAUCUGGAUUAACAGAAACUUCGACGAACUUGCCGACAAGGUUUCGGAACGCGAUAAGAUUGCUCGAAAUCUCGAAGAAGCAGAGACCAAUUUGAUUCAAAACUGCAUCAAGAAGCACAAGAAAAUGGAGGCUAAGAAAGCUAAAGAGCAAGGGAAAAAGAAAUCAAAGGAAGAAAAAGAACAAGAUAGGGCCAAAGCUGAUGAACAAGCCGAGCGUAUCGCCCAAGGCAAUGGUGUAAGUUCUGGAGAUCCUCACCAGGUGCCGCACAAUUUGCAGGAGGUUCUUGAAGAGAUAGAGGAAGACGAGCACAGACACGACAAACUCAGAAGCUCAUCUCCCGAGGGCUUGCGGGAUCGACUUGGUCAGGGAUUGGGGGCUGUCGGUCAUGGAUUUGGUGCAAUCGGUAACUUCGGUCGUAAGGUUGUCGGCGAGGUUGCUGGCGAUGUCAACCGCGUCAUUCGCAAUGUCAAUGAUUCGGUAGACCAGGCCAACAACAUGACAGGCUUCUACGCAGACAUUGAUGAUGCUGACAAGCCUGCACUUGCCGAAAGACUCGCAUUUGAUGCACAAGUACCGGCACCUGGGCCUGCACCUGCUCCAGCACCCAUGUCUGCUCCCAUACCUUCUGCUGCGCCCUUGCCUUCUGCUUCUUCUGCACCUUCUGCUUCUUCCGCACCUUCUGCUGCUCGUGCGCCUAGAAAAGCUUGGGAUGCCCUGCUAAAACAGGUGAAGGCAACCCCUUUGCCUAUACCUAGUCCCCAACCUCAUGCCGUGGAGGAAGAUGAAUAUCCUCUGCAUACUAUUGGACAGCCUCAGAACCCUGAUCUUAACAAGAAUGCAGCCCAAGCAUUCUGGAAGAAGACUGACGAAGAUGAGAAGCCUGUCUAUUCAGAAGCUUUCAACCAGGAGCUUGCCGACGCUGAAGAAACCGAGGCCUUGUGGACGCGCUACAUUGAUGCAAAGGACCGCGAUACUCUUCGUGAACCGAUAUUUAACCUGUCGUGGUGGCCUCGCUUGCCUCUGAUGGGUAAGAAGAUUGACAAGAUUUAUUAUCUUCGCAAGGAGCUUGCCAGGCUGAAUGUUGAAAUUGAAGAGGACCAGCAGAAUGUGGAGCGAUUCCCCUUCAUGAACUCGGCUUUCAUCCAGUUUAACCACCAAGUUGCCGCUCAUAUGGCUUGUCAGUCUGUCAGUCAUCACAUGCCGCAACACAUGACACCCCGUCUUGUAGAAAUCUCGCCUACCGAUGUCUUGUGGGACAACAUGUCUAUGAAGUGGUGGGAGCGCUAUCUGCGCAGCGGCGUUGUCUUCGCUGCUGUAGUUGGUAUGUUGUUCCUUUGGGCUCCUGUAGUCGUUGUGUCUGGUUUCCUGUCAACCCUCAACACCCUCGAGACUAUCUCGUGGCUCUCAUGGAUUCGCGACCUACCACCCAGAGCUGUAGAUUUGGUCCAGGGUGUUCUGCCUCCACUCUUCCUGAGUAUUGUACUCGCAUUGGUUCCUGUCAUACUUCGACUUUUGGUCAAGCAAUCAGGAGUUGCUACAGGAAACAGCAGAGAAAUGGGGGUUCAGCUCUACUAUUUCGCAUUUCUGUUCAUCCAGGUCUUCCUCAUCGUGACCUUGUCAUCUGGAUUACCCGAGUUCUUCAAAGAGGUUGCGGUUGAAACUUCGAAGAUUCCACAAACUCUUGCAUCAAACUUGCCAAGAGCCUCAAACUACUUCUUCUCUUACCUUACUGUCCAGGCCCUCAACAACAGCGCCAGUGCACUGCUGCAGGUUGCUGCUUUGCUUAAGUGGUUCUUGUGGGCGCCGAUGGUAGACACUACCGCCCGCCAGAAGUGGAAGAGGCAGACCAGUUUGAAUCGAGUGAAAUGGGGAUCGUUCUUUCCUCCGUUCACCAAUUUUGCUGUCAUUGGCAUUAUCUUCUCGAUCAUUGCACCUCUGGUCAUGGUGUUCAAUCUGGUUGUAUUCUGCGUUUAUUGGAUCACACAGCGAUACAACGCCCUUUACGUCUACCAAUACCGUCAUGACACAGGAGGUCUUCUGUUUCCCAGAGCCAUCAAUCAGUUAUUCGUUGGGCUAUAUGUCAUGGAAAUUGCUAUGAUUGGUCUAUUCUUUGCUUUCCCAGGCAAAGACAAAUGUACAGCACAGGCCAUCAUCAUGAUUGUCAUGCUUGUAGCCACCAUCAUCUUCCAGUGGGUUUUGAACGAUGCGUUUGCACCAUUGUUCCGAUAUUUGCCUAUUACACUGGAAGACGAUGCUGUCAUUCGCGAUGAAGAGUUCGCUCGUGCUCAGCGUCUCAAAUGGGAGAGUUUGGCUGACCAAGAAGGCGAGCAUGAGCGGCUGCAGCAUGAUACGGAGACCACAAUGGAAGAACGUGAGAGAAAGGAGGCAGAAGAAGAGGAGAGGGCACUUGCCGAGGAGCGUAGAAUGAUUCACGAGCACAGACGCGCCGGCACUCGCAUGUCAAGCUAUGGCUCUGGCUCUCACUCCGAACGCCCUACACCCGUUAUUAUGGACACUAAGCCUGCAAAUAAUAACAGCGGUGAUCGCUGGAGGAAAGUAAAGCAGGUCAGUGAGCCUGUUCGCCACUUGCGCAGGAUUGCCCGACCACACGCGCAUGGCAUGGAUGGUAUCAGACCUACUGCAACAGACGUGGACCCUCAGACCGCAAAGGUCGACAUGGAAUCACAGAAACAAGUUGGUGAUGUGCUCUUCGGUGGUUUCAGCGACGAACUCGAAGACUUGACGCCUGAAGAGCGCGACGUGCUCAUCCGCUAUUCAUUCCAACACUCUGCGCUCCGCGCCCGUAGACCGGUCGUUUGGAUUCCGCGAGACAGUCUUGGAAUAUCGGACGACGAGAUUGAGAGAACUAAGCGCAUGAGCACUGUCGAUGACAUACACCCAGAGACCGAGAAGCGGACUCCGAAGACCAACAUAUGGAUCAGCAACGAAGGAACUGCGCUGAACGCAAAGGGCAAGGUUGUAUUUAGGAGAAGCCCGCCUGAUUUUGCUAAUGUAGAUCUUAUUGCUCUGUAA